GGCGCGGGUGUGGCUUCAGCUAGCUCAAGUUCAGUUAUGCUGAGUGGAUACCACCCUGUAGUGCAGUCCCUCAUGGGAACUACUCUGACAUGGGGGCUGACUGCACUCGGAGCUGCGCUGGUGCUCGUGUUUCACGGAGGCCAGCGAAAGAUACUGGAUGGCAGCCUGGGAUUCGCAGCCGGUGUACGUUUCUUACUGUGUAGUAGAACACAUAAAACCUGUCGUGCGCAUGCGCACUUAUCCAUCCACUAUAGGUGAUGCUGGCUGCGUCAUAUUGGUCUCUGCUGGCUCCAGCAAUAGAGCUGGCUAACAGGUCUGGGAUUUACGGCCGCUGCACCUUCCUCCCCAUCUCUCUGGGCUUUGCUGCAGGGGCUGCCUUUAUAUAUGCCACAGAUCUCCUACUACCACUCUUGGGGGAUUUUGGUGUGGUCGUGUUGGAGAAGAGGGAGGAGGAGGAGGAGAACAGAGGUGGCUGGGCCAGGAGAAGAGCUGACUCGGCCAGUAGUGUGGAGGAGGGAGAGACUGAGGCUGAUUACCGGUAUAAGUCCAGCACGGGUUCCUUGAGACACAGAGCAAUAGACUCUCCCUCACCUCGUCCCACUGGUGAAUUGGAGGGACACCCCACCAGGAAGUCGUCAGAGAUGAUGAGCUGGAGGAGGAUACUCCUGCUCUGUAUAGCCAUCACCGUCCACAAUAUCCCCGAGGGGCUGGCGGUUGGAGUGGGGUUUGGAGCCAUUGGGAAAACACCGUCAGCCACCCUCGAGUCUGCAAGGAACUUGGCUAUAGGUAUAGGGAUCCAGAACUUCCCAGAAGGCCUGGCAGUCAGUCUGCCACUGAGAGCAGCUGGCAUGGGAGUUUGGAAGAGCUUAUGGUGAAGUAUUAUGAAACUAUACACAGCAGAGUGAACCUGUAUAUAUAUACCUAGUGGUCGUUCCUUUGCAUUGACACGUGCUUUUUAUAAUGCGACAUACGCUGUACAGAACAUUUUCCUCUAGCUGGUGCACAGUUCUCAUACUUAUUCACUAGCUAAGUACGUAGCUCUGGUCUUUGUCUCUCUCUAGCUACUACGUGUGUAUAUGUCGAUCGGUACUUUUCCACGUCAUUGUCGAGGCAUUGUGUAUACGUGAAAAUUGCCACGGGACUGAUCACAGACAAUAGGUGUGCGUUUGCUGCAGGCAAGGUGCCCACAGAAUGUGUCCACUGGUACUAAUCCAUGUGCACCAUGUACGUAAAUUUCCGUGGGCACCAUGUUUCCAAAUAAACACAAAUUUACACUGCGAACACAAUUUACUAUGUCAACUUUCCAAUGUGGACAUACUGAAUGUACUUUCCGGUGGGACACAGUUUACUUUAAUGGGACGCACCUUCUACCAGUCCAGUCCAAGUGUAUUCGGUUCCCACCUUAUCCGUUUUCCCACAGCAGACAUGCC